UUGUUGCUAUUUGUAGCUAGCUAACAGUAUAUUACAUUAAUAAAAUAGCGGUGUUUAUAUUUUGGAUUCAUUGUAACAUUUAAAGUAAUCUGUAGUUUACUUGCUACACUUGCGUUAUUUUGUUAGAAUGACAAUGGUGCAGCUCGUAAUCACCGCCUAAGCUAGCUAGCUAACUGGUGAUAGCUAGCGAACAACAAAUGUCAGGACACGCUUCCCAGCUGGCACGAGAGGAAUAUUGAUUUUGUUCUUGAUAUUUUCGACAACAAGGGUUUUGAAACCAUGGACCAAAAGAUCCCGUAUGAUGACUACCAACUCCCAGUUGUCUUUUUGCCUUCCUACGAGAGUCCCCCAGCAUGGAUAGCCCCGCAGGAGCGUAUCCACCAUCCUGACUACAACAAUGAGCUGACCCAGUUCCUGCCACGCACCAUCGUGUUGAAGAAACCUCCGGGGGCACAGUUAGGCUUCAACAUCCGUGGGGGCAAGGCCUCUCAGCUGGGCAUCUUCAUCUCCAAGGUGGUCCCAGAUUCGGACGCCCACAGAGCAGAGCUCCAGGAGGGAGAUCAGGUGCUGUCUGUCAAUGAAGUGGACUUCCAGGACAUAGAGCACUCGAGGGCUGUUGAGAUUCUGAAGACUGCCAGAGAGAUUCUGAUGAGGGUGCGCUUCUUUCCCUACAACUACCAGAGACAGAAGGAAAGGACUGUGCAUUAGGUGGCAGACGAGUUCCCCGGGAGAGAGUGUGUGAGGGAGUGUCCGUCUUGUAGGAGUUGAUGUCCUUGGUGGAUAGACCUGCACUUGACUAGUGUCCUCCUCCCACAGACUACAGCCCCUGUCCCCCGUUUCAACCUAAGGAUGAACGACCGCAUGACUAAUUGGGUCCAUUCACAUUUACACCCCAGGACCACAUAAAGACAUUGCAUUCCCCCUCCGCAUACUAAACGAUGCACACUGCUUCAAAUGCUGAAAGGAUGUUGUUAUAUCAGGUGUUCACACACAUACACAGUGAGUCAUGCCCUGAAGACACGACAUAGAGUAAUGUAUAUUAUUUACAUACCAUAAUGCUCCAGGUCCCUGAAAGACAGGGUCCUGAAAAGGGGACGUUUCUGUUUUUGCUGAGUUUAUAGACAUACACACGCUUCGGAAAGUAUUCAGACCCCUUGACUUUUUCCACAUUUCACGUUAGCCUUAUUCUAAAAUUACAUUGUUUUUAAAAAAUUGUUGCAUUUAUUUUUGUUCAGUGUAUUUAUAUACAUUUAUACACAGUUUAAUGAUAUUCCAAAAAACAUUAAUGGACCGAGGACCUGAUAAUGCCUUGAUACUGUAAAAGAUUAAGUUCAUUUAAUAUGAAAUGUUUCGAUUAUCUAAGAUAACAUUUUUCCAGACUAGCUAUUACACAAAAAACUGUAGAACUAUUAUUAACUAACUUAAAUUAUAUUUGACAUAACAUGUCGACUAUUAAGGUGCCAACAUCCUUCAUUCAACUAUGGCGACACCAUAAUCUCAUAUAAAUUAAUACUUGCCUUGUAUGAAGCUCAAUACAUUAAACAAAAUCACAUUGUUUCCUGUGCUGUAGUUUAUGAUCCAUCACUUAUAAAAUGUCAGCAUGGAAUGAGUUCCAAAUCUGUUUUUACAUGUCAAAAGAGAUUAGAUGGUGUAAAUAAAUCACUCGUCCAUUAAUGACCCUAAAGAUGGAGUCAGGAUAGUAGAACCUGUUUUCACUCUGUCAACUCUAUCUUCUGUCCUGUGACCCACUUCACAGAUCAUGCUCUUGUAAAACACUAAAUAAAACACGUCUAAACUCUCAA